AUGUAUCAAUUGAAUUCUUUCAUUAAUCAAUCUCUCAUAAAACAUCAUCGUACCACAUGGUCUUAUUCAAAAAGUGGUUAUUGGUGGUCACAUAUUGUACCUCAAAUAAAUGAUAAACAAUUCAAGGAUAAUUUUAGAAUUCAAAGAUCAAUGUUUAAAACGUUAUUUGAUCAAGUUGACCAAUAUUUGAAAAAACAAGAUACAAAAUUACGUUUUUCUAUUCCUGUUGAGAAACGUUUGGCUUGCGCUUUGUACUCACUUGGUUCAACAAGUGAACUAAGAACUGUUGCUCACUUGUUCGGGAUUGGAAAAUCAACUGUGGCAAAAAUUUUGCAUGAGUUCUGUAAUGUUGUUGUUCAGUUAUUUUUUAAUCGUUUAAUAAAAUUUCCAGUUACUGUUCAAGAGAUACAACAAAGAGCUGAUAAUUUUUUAAAUAAAUAUGGUUACCCUAUGUGUAUAGGAUCUGUCGAUGGAACACACAUAAGUAUUGAGCCACCAACUGGUGAAGAAACUGAUUACUUUAGUUACAAAAAACACCAUUCGGUGAUAUUAUUAGCUGUUGUUGAUGCAUCUUUAAAAUUUAGUUAUGUUAACAUUGGUGCACCUGGCAGGUGA